GUGGGAAGCUAUUACUACUAACUGGUGGCCCCUUGGAAUCCGGCUUGAUUAUCGAAAGAACUGCCUAAUUAGAUUGUCAUGUAUGAUUAUGCGCUGUGACAUUUCUGAGGCCUAUUGAGGCCAUUAGAGGCUAUAAAAAAGGGAUCUACAACUUUGCCCUAAACACAAUGUUAAGAAUGAAGAAGAAGACAAGGGCUGCACCAGAACUACCACCCAACAUACCACCCAACUUCCAGAAAGAGAACUUAAAAUCCCAUCAACCCAUUUGCUGGACUACGGAUCUCACAACAACAUUCCUAAGCUGCUCAUGAUGAACCUAACCGUAUUCAGUACUUUCAAUAACAUCACCUAUAUAAGCAGCCAAUACUAUCAACUAUAUCAAAAUGCAAAGUUAGUUUUUUUUGCCUUCAUCAUCUUCUGCUUCUGUUUCUUCAUCUAUUUCAUCCUAGUUCUUCUAGUGGUUUACUUCACCACUCCUCACGUCCGGGAGAAUGCACGAUACAUCCUCUUUGCUCAUAUGCUCAUCAACGACACAUUGUACCUCAGCCUUGGGCUGUUCCUGUGUUUAGGCUUUGGAUUCCUUUUAUAUAUUCCUGUACCCAUCUGUUACGUUCUGGUGAACUUUGCUGCAGCUACAUUUCGAAUUACUCCGUACAACUUGGCCAUCAUGGCCUUGGAACGAUACGUGGCUAUUUGCUUCCCUCUCAAACACAUCAUGUUAUGUACAGCCCGGAGAUCAUAUUUUGCUAUUGCAGCAAUGUGGUUUGUUGGGUGGCUUCCCAAUGUUGCUGAUUUUAUAAUACUCAUUUCCUCUGUCGAGGUGAAAUUUUUCUCCCGGAAUUUACUGUGCAGGCAUCAAUCAUUACUUGUCCUACCAGCCCAAAACACCAUACAAUUCUCCACCUUAAUUGGAAGUUUAAUUCUGGUGUCUCUGGUCAUUCUCUUCACCUACAUCAAGGUUAUGCUGAUAGCUCGAAAAACUGGAUCUGGGAAGUCUUCGGCCUCCAAGGCUGGUAGAACCUUGAUCCUUCAUGGAGUUCAGCUUUUUCUAUGUCUGCUCUCUCUAACUUCUUCAUUUUCAGAAUUGUACCAAGGAGAUUUUUAUUAUUUUGUGAUUCUGAUAAAUUUUUUGAUGUUCAUGUGUGUGCCAAGACUUCUCAGCCCUCUUAUUUAUGGCAUUCGAGAUAGUGUGUUUAGUAAAAGCAUUAAGAAGAUGAAGAUGUAUUCUACCAACUAAUAAAGCAAUGAGUAAACCUUCAUUCUCCAACAGUACCCACACAUUUGUUAUUGUCCAAGACUAUUUUAGAUUUUCUCUUCUAAUCAUUGUCCUGUGUGAAGGCCAACUUUGAAUUUCCUGGACCAAUUUCAAAAUUACUUCAGUUGCCCCUUGCAUGAUCUGGAACAUUCAGCACCUACACCAAACAUCCUUAUUGGUCAGGAGUAUGGAGGCCACAUUUUUUAUCUAUAGAACAGAAAUAAAAUUGUCUGGUGAUCCAACCUGCUUAUGUAUGGGCCAACAGAAAUGUAAAUAACGCCACUGACUGACAUUCGUUUUGAAUCUCCAGCUGAUGUUUUCCAUUUUUUUUGGACAUGCUCACAUAUUAUUUCAUACUGGUUCAAAACCUACUAGUCUCCAAGAUUGACUUUCUUGAUCCCAACACAUCAGAGAUAUAAUAGUGGGGGAUGCUUGAACCUUAACUAUCUUCCACCUCUGCCAAAACCAUGAUUCGUCAGAAAAAAUUAUUCUCCUGCAAUGGAAAAAUUCCAAUC